AUGGAUACUACAGUGCCUAUCUUGAACAAUGAAGGCGUACUUCAUGGUGACCACUUAUAUAUUCCUGUAUGCGAUGAAUCUUUGAAGCCCUUUGUCGGUCAAGUCUUCAAAUCUGAAGAAGAUGCAUUUCAGUUUUAUAAAAAAUAUGGAAAAUCGUCAGGUUUUGAUGUUCGUAGAGGGUCAUCUAAGAAAGGGUUAUAUGGGCAGAUCAUAUAUCGUCACCUCGUGUGUGCCAGAGAAGGGAUUAAUCCUGGAAGACAUGAUGAGAAUUCUGAAGGGCAGCCCAAGAAAAAAAAGAGACGUAGGAAGCCAUCUACUAGGAACGGUUAUAAGGCACGCAUUAUUGUCAUCUUACAGAACGAGAAUCAGUAUUGCAUUAACAGUUUUUCCGAAGCUCAUAAUCACAAAUUAAUAUCCCCAGAAUGUCGCCACUUGAUGAGAUGCAAUCGAAAUCUUGAUGCGGGACAUCACAUGGUCAUGUUGAAGUGUGCAAAAGCGAAUAUUGGACCAUUUAGAGCAUUUAGAGUCUUUAAGGAGUUGGUCGGUAGCUACGAAGAUAUUGGAUGUACAAGUAACGAUUUCAGAAACUUGUCCUAUCAAAUGAGUACCUAUCCUGAUGGUUCCGAUGAACAAUUGUUGUUGGACAUGUUAAUCUCGCAGCGAGAUCUUGGUGAGGGGUUCAAGUGUGAAUAUUUGCUUGAUGAGUUUCAUAAAGUUAAAAGCAUAUUCUGGAGUGAUGCUAUAGCAGUACAGAAUUAUAGAGUAUUCGGCGACUCCGUUUCGUUUGAUGCCACAUACUCAACCAACAAGUACAACAUGAUAUUUACGCCUUUCACCGGGAAAGACAACCAUGGGGGAUGUGUUACAUUUGCCGCUGCCCUUCUAAAUAGGGAGGAUGUGACCAUUGAAAAUGUCAUGCCGACUACAAGGCACAGGUUCUGCAUGUGGCAUAUAAUGACAAAGAUUGCGCUGAAACUCCCAAUAUCAUUGAGAGAGAACGCUGAACUGACAAGUAGUUUAUAUGGAGUUGCUUGGUCAGAAAUUGAUGAACCUUCUGAGUUUGAGGAUAAUUGGCAUGGGGUUAUAAAUGAGUAUGGAUUGGAGGAAAAUUCGUGGUUCUCUGAUAUGUUCUCCAAGCGUUCUUAUUGGAUUCCUGCAUUUUUCCGUGAUUUAAGUAUGAGUGGUCUUUUUAAGACGACAUCAAUGUCCGAAAGUGAGAACAGUUUUUUUCGUAAGUAUUUGAAUCGCAGUUCUAACUUGGCAGCUUUCUACAUUCAUUACGAAAGUGCUAUGCAGGCACAAAGACACUCGUACAAAUAA